UACACGGAAUUGACAGGAAACUGUCGGCAAUAAUAGGUGAAGGCGACGCUACCAAAAUGUCGCAAGACAUAUUUCCACUCCUCAGUGUUGCAGAAAUAACAAACACCUGUCAGGAAAUGUUCCCUGGCUUAAAAGUUACGGAGGAGGAUUUCACAAACCCAAAGGCAGAAAAUAUUAGAGCAUUAUAUGUCUAUCUGCUAGAAUCAGUAACAAACUGCAAUGUGGAAGUGAUAUUUUCGCCGCAGGUUGAAAACAUUGAUCACAAUGACCUUUUGAGCUACCCAGAAUUACAUGUAGAGUCUAUUCCUCCAGUCAAUAUCUUAUUUGCAAUGAAAAGUGUGAUGCAGUCUGCUGGCAUCAGCAACUUCCAGAUGAAGGACCUGACAACACCAAAGCCAAAACGAGUUGCAAGAAUCAUGAGUGCAUUCAUCAACUUUGCUCACCAUAGCAACAACAUAGGAGAACUGUUUGAAGAAGUGCUUGGUGAAAUUGAAGCUAAAAGAGAAGCCUAUCAUGCAUUGCUUGAGAAUCUCAAGAGGAAUCAUGCGGCCGAGGAUGCUGAGAUACAAGAGCUAAAGCAGAAAAUUGAAUCGGACACCGACUUAAUCAGCAAAGAAAAAAAGGAGGCGGUCGUAAUACAGCGACAGAUUGCAGAGUCUGAUGCCAGCCUGGCCAGCAAGAAUAGUCGCAUUGUAAGUAUGCCUAGAUCCAUUAUCAGUAACAUAAAUAGUUUUGGCAUAAUAAAUCUAAAAUGUCGUAACCUUUGCUGAUGACACAUUUUCAAAACUUGUGACAUGACUCAUGCCUAUUCGUGAUAUUCCUGACAAUGGUCCCCUGGAUCUUGCUUGGGAACUGGGCAUUGGUUUGCUCCACAGACAGCCCCACAUAACAAACAUCUGGCAUACAAACACCUGUACUUAGGGAGGAGCUUACCUGACCUACCUUCUCCUUCCAUU